AUGUCGUACUGCAAAUCGUUUGGUAAAGAUAAGGUCUGCUUCGUCACAAAAGAAGAUCAUGCAAUUCCAAGCACUAUUGAAUUGCCACCACCAGAGCCUGCACCAAGCCUUAUAACAAAUGAUGGUGAAAUUAAUUGGAGCUGUCCGUGUUUGGGUGGCAUGGCAACCGGCCCCUGUGGUGUUGAAUUUCGAGAUGCAUUCUCAUGCUUCCAUUACAGCAAAGCAGAACCGAAAGGCUCUGAUUGCUUUGAAGCUUUUCGGACAAUGCAAGAUUGUUUUGCUCAAUAUCCUACAGUAUACAAUAAAUCAGCAGGAAAUGAUGAAGAGGAUGAUGAGACUAGUUUAAAUAUAGCACAGUUGGAAGAUGAAGCACAUAAAGAGUCGUCAGCCGUUGUAUCUCCUCUGGAAGGAGCAACUUUGGACACCACUUUAACAAAGAAAGAAAAUUGAAAAAUAUUUUGAAAAAACUUAAUGCGGAUGGAAAAGUGGCAAAAUAUUAUUUCAGAUUUAAAUAUAAAAAAGGUUGGACAAUGGCGAUGAGUAACCAUACAGUUUCUUGUUUAAAGCAGUUAUUUAUUUUAAUUGGUUUAAAUGGAAGUUAGUUCUUGUUGAAAAUAAAAUCAAAAAUAUAAGUUUUUCUCUUGUUCAUGCAUCUGAAAA